GCAUCACGCAGCCAUCACGGUCUUGAGGCUCAGAGGAACGAUAACAACGACUAGACUUGUUUGCUGCUGUGGCCAUCUCAUGCAGAUACUGCCAUGAACAGUGACAACCUCGUCCGCUUCGCCGGGCACCUCUAUAGAUCUUUCUGGGACCCCAUGCCAACCAACAAGCACAACGACGCCAUCUGGUGUCUGGGCCAGAGAUACGACUCACACCCUGAGCUCUUGCCAGUCGAGGCCACCCAGCCCCAGUCACCUCCUGCUCCUCCUACUUCAUCCACUACUCCAUCCACUACUCCAUCCACAAGCGAUACGGCUCGACCAGCCCCAACGACAGUGCCGCAGCAAGAAGACGAGUUCGAAACCAUCCAAGCCAAAGAAGCCAUCAACGACAACGGCUGGCCACCUGCCUUUCUCGACGACUUGGAGUCUCGCAUCUGGUUGACAUAUCGCUCCGAAUUUCCUCAGAUCGCAAAGUCCACCAACCCCGAUGCUGCCUCUGGUCUAUCGUUCAGAACUCGUCUGUUACAGCUGGGCAACUCAGGAGGCUUCACGAGCGACUCGGGCUGGGGUUGCAUGAUUAGGACUGGUCAGAGUCUGUUGGCAAACACUCUGCAGAUACUCGAACUGGGAAGAGAUUGGCGCAAGGGAGAGCAGACGGACACCGAGCGUGGGCUAUUGUCUCUGUUCGCAGAUGACCCUUCCGCUCCCUUUUCCAUCCAUCGCUUCGUCGAACACGGUGCCAAAGCCUGUGGCAAGCAUCCGGGACAGUGGUUUGGCCCUUCGGCUGCUGCUCGUUGCAUUCAAGCCUUGGUAGAUUCGCAUCCUCCUUCUGGUCUUCGAGUAUAUAUUCGUCCUGAUGACUCGAACGUCUAUCAGGACAGCUUCAUGGGCGUUGCUCGUGACAAACAUGGCUCUUUCCAGCCGACCCUGAUCCUGCUAGGAACCAUGUUGGGUAUCAGUGGUGUUACUCCCUCUUACAGAGAAGGCAUCAAAGCUGCUCUUCGUCUUCCACAGAGCGUCGGUAUCGCUGGCGGCCGCCCUGCUUCCUCACACUACUUCAUCGGCACUCAAGCCGACCAUCUCUUCUACCUCGACCCACACACUACGCGACCUCUCCUCCCUUCAUCACCCUCCGAAGCCGACAUCGCUACCUGCCACACACGCCGUCUCCAUCUGAUACCCCUCGAAGGCAUGGAUCCCUCCAUGCUUCUCGGCUUCCUCAUCCGCGACGAAGUAGACUGGAAUAAUUGGAAAGCCGCCAUCCAAUCACCUCCUCCCACAGGCACAAAGAGCAUCGUACACAUCUACGACACUGAGCCCUCGCUUGGAGGCGGCGCGACAGAUGCUGACUACGAACGCGCUAUUGCGGAGGUACAGAGUUGUGAUGAGGACGAGGAGGAAGAAGCGAUUAUCUGACGAACCCGCAUGACAAUCUUAUGCUACGACGAAUUCUGACGGCGUUUUUCUUCUUUUCUGGCAUAUCUCUGCGGAUUUUCCGUUUUUGGAUCACUGGGGGUGGGUGUUUUCUUUUCGCGACACGGAGGUUUCUUUUUACACGCGCACACCGUGCAUCCUAUAGGCAUUUUCUCGCGCUCUUGUCCUGCUUUGACGGGCGCGUUGUGGUGUUUCGGGUUUGAUGGACCUUUUUUCUAUGACGAGCAGGUAUACCAAUUUGACA